AGAGAUUUAGCUCGCUCUUCCAUUUACAAAGUUGUUCGAUUGAACUUAUUCCGAACGACUUUCAAUAACUUUAAUUUUUACUCUUUCAUUUUCGCAACAUGUCCUUUAAGCCGAUUGACCCGAAGCGCGAUGAGAUUCGCCGCUAUCUAGAGCGCGGAAGCGUUAUGGAUUCACUUACGAAAAUCUUUAUACGCGUAAUUAGAGAGCGACCGGAAGACCCAAUGGAGUAUAUAAGAAAUAACAUUGGCGUGGUGCGACAUCAGCAUGAUAAAUACGAACGUCUCUCGCAGGAUCUGCAGGAGGCAAACGAAGAGAUUCUUCGUUUACGUGCCAUAAUAAACAGUAUUAACCCUGAGAUACUGCGUGCUCACAAUGCGCAAAUCGCCGGCGAAUCCGAUUCGGAACAAGCGACAGCUGCCGAGCUGAACUCUGAAAACUCAAUCGUGUCAGAAAAUAAUGAAGAUGUCCAUGAGAAAGUGCCUGAAGCUAACGGAUUAGACAAUGCAGCAGCUGCCAAAGCUGAUGAUGUGGAAUUGAGCGCUACUCUUGAAAAUUGUCACAUUGAAGAGAAAAACAUGGCCGCUGCUGAGACCACAGGCGACAAUAUAGCGCAGACCCCAUCCGUCCAAGUUGAACCCAGCCGCACUGACAGUGCCGAGUGAAUCAAUAUUUUCGUUCACUCAGCUAGUUUUUGGAUCAUCCAAUUAGAAUGCAUUCUCAUAGAAAUGUUAUCAGUUCGUAGGGCUAAAUAUGUAAAGUAUUUUCUUAUAUGUUAAUAAAGGGUGCGCGAAUGAACGCGCAUGCAAAUCCCUUCAAAA